CAAUAUGCAGCGCAACAAGCUCACAGGCGCCAUCCCCUCGCAGACCCAGCACUCUCACCCGCCUGCAACGCCUGUACCUCAGUCGCAACACCCUCUCAGGCUCCAUCCCUGCAGCCAUCAAAUCCCUCACCUCCCUGCGAAUGCUUCUCAUAGACUACAACGGCAUCACCGGCUCUCUCCCUGCUUCCAUAGGGGCCCUGCCCUCUCUCGUCUACCUGAGUGGCAGCAAGAACAAGCUUACUGGUGCCAUCCCUUCUGCCAUUGGGGCGCUUUCAAGACUCACAUACUUGGCACUCGACCGCAAUUCUCUCACAGGCGCAUUCCCUUCGGCGCUUUCCAAACUCAGCUAUCUUCAAACCAUCUCCCUCUAUCGCAACAACAUCACCGGCUCGCUUCCUAUUGGCCUCUCACAGCUCUCCUACCUCUUUGACAU